UCUUCAAAACAGUGUUGUCCGGCGCAAUCAGUUCAGUUCAAUAUUUUUGUUGAUAAGUUUUAUCUACAAUCUUUGAAAAUGUCAAUCGCUGCAUUACCGGCAGAGAUCCUCCAGAAAAUAUUCGAUUACCUACCGCGAUCUGAGCAGCUACAGAAAACUCGCAUCAGCCAUCGCUGGAAUGAGCUGGUACUGCGCGAAACAUAUCUGAUCCUGGCCUAUGGUGACCAGCUGAUCAGCGAACGGAUACUUCGUCGAACGGCGCGUGGCUACUGCUGCUUUUCGGUUGAAUUCAGCGAGUCAUAUGAGGAAAUACGAUCGAGAUUGGCUAUUUGUGCACAAAAGUUUGCCCUGCGAAAGUUGAUCCUGGACGGCAUUCAAACGUAUGCUCUGGUCAGCUUUGUUGGUGAAUACCGCGGAUGGCUGCGUAGUUUGGUUCAGCUAUCGGUGACCGUAUCCAACCGAGUAGAUUCGAGUGAAACUGAUGUGCGGCUAGAUCUGCCAAGAUUGCGUAUACUGUCGUGGACCUACAACACAGAAGGAGGUAGUACUGCACUUCCAGUGUUUCGGUUAAACGCUCCCUUACUUGAAGAUGCGUUUGUAGAAUGCGUAGAAGUAGAUCGCACUCCACUAGUCUUGGAAAAUACGGGAAGACUCAAGUCACUUGGACUGUUCGUUCCGAAGAUGGUGGGAAGUUUAUGCCCAGAUGGACUCUAUACGCUGAAUUGUUUGAGGCUUUAUAACUCAACAAGACCAUUCGAAUGGGGCACUAAGCAUUGCAAACUACCACUGUUGACAACAUUAGAAUUGUGCGGAUGUAUAGUAAACAGUCACUCAUUAGCAUUUAUAAGAAAUUUCCCAAAACUGGAGACACUGGUAAUACAAACAGAACAGACUAACCCAAUAAACCUGAGUGUCAUUGCUAAUUCGUUAAGCAAUCUCAAACAAUUGCGUCUUUUCGAUGUUAAAUAUACCCAUGGACCGGAAGUUGUAACAUUCCCUUCACUUCAAAUACUCGACAUCAAUGAUAUACAAGGGCAAGUUGAGUAUGGACUGGAGAUCAAUGCGCCCCACUUGAUGACACUAAAGGGAACGAACCUUAAUUUGAAUAUGUUAGAACUGACGAAUUACGCCACCGUUCGGUCUUUGAUUAUCUUUGGUCUUUACCUCAACUUUCCGCGGCCACGCUUGUUCGAAUCCGUUAUGAUACUCUACCUGGACGUACCAUGCAUUGCAUCGAAUUCAAUCUUUGGCCUAAACCCUCCAGCAAUACUGCUUUCCGAGUGUCUACACCAAUUCCCGAAUCUGACUCGCCUUACGGUCGUUCUGCACGAUAAGCGAACACCCGUCAACAUUAGUGGAUUUCUUUUGGCAGUUAGUUUCGUUAACCUGCGGUAUCUACAUCUUCGAGAUUUCGAUUUGGAUUACAACUUUCUAGUAGGAAUAAAAAAGGCAAACAAAAUGCGGACACUGGUCUUGCAGGACGGUGCCCUCAGUACAACGGCGGACAACCAACCGUUGCAUUUCUCCGAGCUGCAGCAUUUCUUCGUUCGAAACGUUAAAAUACCGAAGAACAUUACAGUCUUUCCGGUGCUCUAUCCGUCAACGGAUAUGAUUCUAUCGCUGGCAGACGGCAAUGUGUUCAGCACUCACUACUGGGAUGAAAGUGUCGUAAAAUCUCGAGAGGAUUAUCUCACAUAUUUACGGUGGUAGAUACGAGAUUGGUACUAUUCAUGUUUGUUACCAGAUUUCAUCGCAGCAUUGUUGUUGAUAAUGCUCUUCUGAAUUUAGAAUUGAUGAGAUUAUCGGGUCGAAUUGUUAACUCGUUUUUGAGAAGCAAAGUUAUAAGUGUGUUACAUUUGCGGAGAAAAUAUUAA